AUGAUUUGUAUUUCUUUAAAACCAAAAAAUAACAAAAAAUAUAUAAAUCUAUUUAAUAAAAAUAUUUUAAUUUUAAAAUUUUUGUUUUUAAUUAUUUUAAAAAUAAAUUUUGUGGAAUCUCAACAAUGUGGAAUUUCUACUUUAGAAUUACCUCCGGAAGGGGCACAAUCUGUAUAUAGAGGGGAUGAUAUAAUAAGUGAUGGACAUUUGCCUUGGAUGGCUUUUUUAUUGGGACAUGCUGUUUGUACAGGUUCAGUAAUUGGAAGGUUAAUAGAAGAAAAUAAUUUGGAAAUAAAUAAAUUCCUUUUUAAAAGACAAUAUAUACUUAGUGCCGGUCAUUGCGUACAUGCCGGUAAUGGAAAAUCUAUUCCAGCAGAAUCUUUGGUUGUUUUUGUUGGAUCAGCAAAUCUAAGUCAAGCAACGCCUAUAAGUGUAGAAAAAAUUAUUUUGAGGAGUGAAUAUAAUGAUAGAAUUGAUGAUCAAAUAGGUUCUGUAACAACUUUUGAUAUGGCGAUUUUAAAAUUAGCAACACCUAUGAAUUUAAGCGAAACUUUGUGGCCAAUUUGCCUUUCACGUAAUUCAGCAGCAAUGGCUGUUACUACUGUCGAAACUAAAGUAUUAGUUGCUGGAUGGGGAAAUACUAAACCUCAUUGCGAUAGCUCAAUUAUUUGGAAAAUAACACAUCCAAAAAUACCAGAAAGACUUCAAUAUGGCAGGGAAAAUAUAUUGCCUACAGAAGAAUGUGUUGAUUUAGAGACAAAAUGGCAUAUGGAAGAAAUGGCAAAAAGAAACGCGACAAAUUUCUUCCCAGCACUAUAUGGAAUGAAUCCUAGAGAGUUACGUAGACGUGUAGCAUCUAAAUUAACAGAUAAAAUAUGCGUUGUAAGCAAUAAAACUGUGGUGGAAAGUGGGGAUAGUGGUGGACCCCUUUUGUUAUCUUCUGCCCCAGGCAAAUGGACACAAAUUGGAACACUGACCGGUGGCCCAUGUCACGGAAAAGAUGCCCCAAUGCAUGACUAUUACACUCAAAUUGAUUGUGAAUGGAUUGCUAUACAAACAGACAAUGAAAUACAAUGUCAAUAA